UUAAUAAUUCAUUCAUUCCUCUCUAAUUCAUUCAGCCACUCCAACGGUUCUCUCACAUUUAACCAACAACUGAAUCUCUCUCUCUCUCUCUCUCUCUCUCUCUCUCUCUCGUUCUACAGUACCGCACCUAUAGAUAGAUCUGACGAAGAUCUAUACACAAAUUACGCAAUGAGGGAAUCGCUCUCUGAUAACAAUACCCCGUCGCCACCGCCGCCGCCGCCACUUCUGCUGCUCGAGAGGCUCAAAGAUUACGGCCAGGAAGACGCCUUUGCCCUCUGGGAAGAGCUCUCCCCCGAAGACCGCCAACUCCUCAUCAAGGACAUCGAGAACUUAGAUCUUCCGAGAAUUGACAGGAUUAUUCGAUGCUCGUUCCACUCACAAGGGCUUCCGGUAGCAGCAAUAGAACCGGUUCCAGAAAGCAGUGUUUCGACAUUAGCAAAACGGACAGCGGAAGAAAAAGAAAAGUGGUACAAAAUGGGAUUAAAAGCCAUAUCUGAUGGAAAGUUAGGUGUGCUACUUCUAUCCGGUGGACAGGGAACUCGCCUUGGAAGUUCUGAUCCAAAAGGAUGUUUUAACAUUGGACUUCCAUCUGGCAAAUCACUCUUCCAACUUCAAGCAGAGCGAAUUUUGUGUCUCCAAAGAUUGGCAGCUCAAUCUGUGAACGAGGGUUCUGUCAGUACUACACCUAUACAUUGGUACAUUAUGACUAGUCCAUUUACUGAUGAACCCACCCGCAAAUUCUUUGAGAGCCGCAGAUAUUUUGGCCUUGAAGCAGAUCAAGUCACCUUCUUCCAGCAGGGAACGAUUCCUUGUGUGUCAAGAGAUGGUAGAUUUAUAAUGGAAACUCCAUACAGAGUAGCAAAGUCUCCUGAUGGAAACGGAGGAGUUUAUGCAGCUUUGAAAUCUUCAAGGUUGUUGGAAGAUAUGGCUAUGAGAGGCAUAAAAUAUUUGGAUUGUUAUGGAGUUGACAAUGCUCUGGUACGUGUCGGGGAUCCAACUUUCUUGGGUUAUUUCAUUGAUACAGGUGUGGCUGCUGCUGCCAAAGUUGUUCGGAAAAAAAACCCACAAGAGAAGGUUGGUGUAUUUGUUCGACGAGGAAAAGAUGGACCAAUCUCUGUGGUUGAGUAUACUGAAUUGGAUUCAUCACUGGCUAGCUUAACUAAUCAGGAAACAGGUGGCUUGCGCUUUUGUUGGAGCAACGUUUGCCUGCAUAUGUUCACCCUAGAUUUUCUGAAUCAAGUAGCAAAUGGUCUUGAGAAAGAUAGCAUCUAUCAUCUAGCAGAAAAGCAUAUUUCUUCAAUUCACGGACAGACAGUAGGAUACAAACUAGAGCAAUUUAUAUUUGAUGCUUUUCCUUAUGCACCUUCCACGGCACUUUUUGAGGUGUCCCGUGAGGAAGAAUUUGCACCAGUGAAAAAUGCGAGUGGAUCACAAUACGAUACUCCAGACAGCGCUCGCCUUCUAGUCCUUCGUCUGCACGCUCGUUGGGUGACUAAUGCCGGUGGCUUCUUGACUCACUCAGUUCCCCUAUACUCAACUGGUGUGGAAGUUUCACCUCUUUGUUCAUACGGAGGAGAGAACCUUGAGGCUAUCUGCCGCGGAAGAACUUUUCAUGCUCCCUGUGAGAUUGGAUUUUAGUUGCCAGAAUCUGAAUCUGAUAUAUCGAAAUAUGCUUCUUUUUUUUCCAUUUUGUUCGCUGAGGCUUUAUAUAUAAACGGCAAUCUCUGGUGGUGAGUGUAAGGUGGAAGUUGCUGAAGCUGUCAUGGUUUAAAAGCUUGUAUGAAAGUUGUCAAAUCUUUUAUAUAAGAUGUCUCUAUUUAGUUGUGGGUUUGUGACACAUUUGAUUUAAUUUGCGUCUCGAAAUUGAAGGUUUGUCAUGAUGCCUAUCCAUCUGCUUGCUUUGCUUGUUCCUCCAACAAUUUGGUUUAUCUAUUCAAUUACAUCUGCUCCUGCCAA